UCUAUGAUUGUACUGUGACGAAAAGAGGAGAUGAAAGAGAUAUAUUUUUGUUAACCUCGUAUAAAUAUUUUAUUAUUGUGAAAAGGAAAAUAAUGCAAACAUGUCUAUGCGACCUGAUGAUCACCGAAGGAAAUGGAAUCGAGAAGAGUAUGAAAGGAUUGCACUUCAAAGACUUCAAGAUGAGAUUGCAGAGGAAGAAUUAGGAAUUCCCAAGCAGCCAGCAGUUAAAAGAGAAUUGCUGAAGCAAAGAGAUUACAAGGUUGAUCUUGAAUCUAAACUAGGAAAAAGUGUUGUUAUCAAUAAAAAUACGCCAUCAUCACAAACUGGAGGAUACUACUGCAAUGUUUGCGACUGUGUUGUCAAAGAUUCAAUCAAUUUUUUGGACCAUAUCAAUGGGACAAAACAUCAACGUAAUCUUGGUAUGUCCAUGAAGAUAGAACGAUCUACAUUGGAGCAGGUUAAAGCAAGAUUUGCACAAAACAAAAAGAAACUCGAAGAAAAAAAGAAAGAUUAUGAUUUGGAACAAAGAGUAAAGGAGCUGAAGGAAGAGGAAGAAAAAAUCAAAGAGUAUAGAAAAGAAAAACGAAAGGAUAAGAAGAGGAAAAUUGAGGAAUUAUCCGAGGAUGAUGCAGGACCUUCUGAUGAAAUGGCUGCGAUUAUGGGAUUUUCUGGCUUUGGCUCAAAAAAAAAGUGACAAAUUGCUGUCGAACAUUCAUGAACAAUUACGUGAAGAAGAAAAUAUUCUUCGAAGAAAAUCGCGACCGAAUCAUAUAGAUAUAUGAUUGAAAGUGAAGACAAGUGAACACAAAUAGAGAUUCUUUCGCUAAUAAGGAUGGAGGGAGGAGAUCUCUGCGACUCUCGUCUCCCACUUUGCGGAGGAUCACAAGAGGAUGUUCCACAGCGGGGUCCAAGCUGAAGCCGCUGGGGGCCAUGUUCCGGAGACCGGAGCGACGCAGUGCCGGUCGAUGUGUAGCCGACGUAACUCUCACGCAGUCUUCUCUCUCAUAGCUAGGCAAGCCGUCAACCCGUUAUUCGAAAGUCCGCGGAAGCCGCGCGCAGUUGCGCGUGUCGGAGUCGCAAAGUGCUUCAGUCGGUUACAUAUUGACUUGCGUGAAGUGACGCGACGUGACGUGCGAAUCGUCGUGCACGUGCCACUGGAGGUGUCGAUCUAUCCGCUUUUUGCGCGCCCGGCAUCCUCCGCAUUUGCCGUAAAUCGAAUCUAAGACGUAUAUCCUCAGGAGAGACGAAAAGAAAUCAGUGAAAAGUUUUUUCUUGGAAAAUAAAAAAUGUAUUAAUUGUUUUUUUUUUUUUUUUUCCGGAGAAGAGAAUAUAUUUGGAAGAAGCGAAGAAACAGAGAAAAAUGCCUUACAGUGUUUAGCGAGUAUUUUGGGAGAAAAGCAGAAGUGGUUGCGAAGUAUGUCUCAGUAUUAAGAAUAGAUGUUUUGAUAAAAAUCGAAUUAAUUUCUUGAAAAAAAAAAAUGUAUUCUCUCUGAAGGCUUAUUUCUACAUUAAAAGAAAAAAAGUUAGAAUUGAUUUCAUAGAAGAUAUACUCGUAACAAAUAAAGGUUGUUCAUUUAUAUAAAAUAAGAGGAAUAUGAAUUGAUUGAAAUAAAUUACAAUAUCCAGAAUAAUUGUCUUCUCGUGAAGUUUGGCAUAAUUAUUUAAAAAAAAAA